UAUCAUGUCAAAUUAUCGACCCCGGGGAGCGAUUGCCAAAGUAUUUUUUGAUCGUAUUCACAAUGACGAUGUUAUUCAGCAGAUCGAUAUGGCCACGUGGUAUACGAUGGGAAAACUACCUCGCCAAUAUGGUUGUCUGUAUCAUCAUCUGAACGGACCAGACGAACUAACACUCGAAUGGCUAGAUCGAUCGAAAAAAACUUCUGGUCGAUUUUGGUUGCAGAUCUGCCACGAAAUAGCGAAGCUGUUUCUCAACAUGUUCAUGACCCAGACCGAUAUAAACGGUUUCCUGAAACGAGGAUCGAUGUUCAUUCUUUCCGAGCUGCAGUUUGACGAAUUUCUAACAGUCGGAGGAUUUUAUCAGCAUCGUGACAGGCAAGCAAUGCUGAACAUAUGCGACAUAGGUGCUGGAGAUGGUGAAGUAACGUUACGACUGGUACAUACUUUGCAACAGAAACGUAACUGGCAGGUUACAACAUACGCCACUGAAUCGAGUUGGACCAUGAGAAAUCGUCUAAAUGAAAAGAAUUUCAUCGUGCUAGAGAACCUUAACCAAAUACAUCAAGCUGAUCUCAUCGUAUGUUUCAAUGUGCUUGAUCGAUGUUUUGAUCCUCACGUUAUGCUUAGUGAUAUCUAUCAGUCGUUAGAUGAAACGGGUUUCGCACUUAUAGCCUUGGUGCUGCCGUACAGCCAUUAUGUGGAAAAGAAUUCCAGUCACCUUCCUCUUAGAACAUUGCUGGAACCCUGGCCACCAGAAAAACGACUGACAGUGGAAGAGGAGCUGGAAAUGUUUUUCGGCGUGUUGCAAGCGGCUGGAUUUAAAAUUCGCGCAUGGACUAAAGCACCAUACCUGUGCGAAGGUGACCUGCGCCAGUCGUUCUACUGGCUAACGGACUACGUUGUACUGUGUUCAAAAUAA